AUGGAUACCGUUCAUGCUCUCAUCCUCCUCUCUUUCAUCACCUUCCUUCAUCUCUCUCAGAAUCUUUUAGUUGAAGCCGCCAAUGGUGGUUUCAGCGUCGAUCUCAUUCACCGCGAUUCCCCUCAGAGUCCCUUCUACAACCCAUCUGACACCAUCUACGACCGCCUGUCGAAAACACUCCGCCGUUCGAGCUCUCGUAUCAAUUACUUCCGUUCUCUCUCCAAGUCAUCUUCCUCUUUUAACACCACCUUCAUUCGAUCGGAGGUGAUCCCCAAUGGUGGAGAAUAUCUCAUGUCGCUCUCCAUCGGUACACCUCCAGUCAAGCUCCUCGCUAUCGCUGACACUGGAAGUGAUCUUAUCUGGACACAGUGCAAGCCCUGCGAACAAUGCUAUCGUCAAACCACCCCUCUCUUCGAUCCGUCCGAAUCUUCUACUUACCGCGACCUCUCUUGCGAAUCAAAUCCAUGCACAGCUCUUCCGCAAGCUUCAUGCAGUGAUAGUAGGAAGUGUGAGUACUCUUACAGCUAUGGAGAUAAGUCAUACACUAAUGGAGUUCUUGCAGUAGAAACACUCACCUUUGCCUCCAGUGCCAGAGCUAGAUCGAGUGUUAAAAUUCCCAAAAUCUCAUUUGGGUGUGGCCACAACAAUGAUGGGACUUUCGAUAGCCAUGGAGCUGGAUUGAUUGGACUUGGAGGCGGCCCACUUUCUCUCAUCUCUCAAUUGGGUUCUUCCAUUGAUGGGAAGUUCUCCUACUGCUUAGUGCCGCUACAGAAGACCACCUCCAGCAGCCAAAUGGAUUUUGGCGAUAGUGCAACCGUCUCCACCCCUGGUGUCGUAUCUACACCUUUGAUUCCUAAGGACCCAGAUACAUUUUACUAUCUAAACUUGGAAUCUAUCUCUGUUGGUGAGGAGAAGGUGGAGCUUCCAUCGUUGGAAGAGGGUAACAUCAUCAUCGACUCCGGCACGACUCUUACAUUCCUUGAGACCAACACUUUCAGUCAAUUGGAAUCGGCAUUGAGGGCAGUGAUUAAUCUUCCUCCGGCCGAGGACCCAACUGGGACUUUGCAGGUUUGCUACCAGUUGGGCUCUGAUGCUGAACUACCUGAGCUGAAGUUCAGCUUCACCGACGCUGUUAUCAUCCUUCCUCCCUUGAACACUUUCAUUCAAGUUUCUGAUGAUGUUGUUUGUCUGGCGAUUAUUGCUUCGGACAGCUUUUCCAUCUUUGGCAACAUAGCUCAACAGAACUUCAAGGUUGGAUAUGAUCUUGUUGGGAAAAAGGUCUCCUUCGCUCAAACUGACUGCACCAAGAGUUAG